AGGAACACGAAAACGCGUUCGUCAUGAGAUCAAAGAAGAGAAACGAGGAAGAGGUCAGGUUAUUUCCUCUUUCCAGUGAUUCCGUGGGCAAAGCGUGUUGAGAAAUUGCGGAGAAAGACCCAACGAAUAGACACAAUUAUUUAUGAUGACUUGGGUUGGAAAUUUGAUUCCGAAGGUCACUGAGCAGAAUCUGAUUCCAUUGAUCCCAGAUUAUUGGCCAUGGAUGAUUUCGACCACAGUCCAUCAUCAAGGCCGAUCGAUCUCUAUAUCAGUUUUAGAGGAGUUGACGACUUCGACGCCUGUAAAUUCAUCUAUCCCCUUUUUGCUGCUCUCAAGAGUGCUCUCGAAAUCGACGGCUUGAGUGCUUUCUGGGACGACAAGAAGCUCGAAACAGCGAAUUCUGACAUUCCGCCUCAUCAUCUCCGAGCAAUUCAACAAUCCUGCAUCUCCGUUGUGGUCUUCUCCAAAACCUUUGCUUCUUCUGUAUGGUCCUUGCAGGAGCUUUCAGAGAUUGCUGCUCGUAUCAAUGAUCGGCGACACACUAUUAUACCAAUUUUCUAUGAUGUGGAUCCAUCUGAGGUACGAAAACAGAAGAAUGCCUACAAACAAGCCUUUGCUGAACAUGAAGAAAGGUUCCCAGCAGAUUUAGACCAGAUAAACAGGUGGAGGAACGCUAUGACUCAAGUAGCCAAUCUGUGCGGUUGGCAUGUACCAUAUGACCCAGGGUCAUCAUACUCGAAAGUUAUUGAUGAUAUCACCACAGAUGUUAAGAAAAAAAUGGGAGGAGUUAUUAAGUCAUAUGAAGGAGAUGGUAUUUACCAAGUUAGAUUGUUGACAAAGGAACAAGCUCUUCAACUCUUUUGUAAAACAGCUUUCAGACGUGAUUAUCCUGUAAGUGGUUAUGAAGAUCUGACCAACAGAUUACUUGAACAUACCAAUUGCCAUCCCUUGGCUGUUGUAAUUUUGGGUUCAUUCUUACAUAAAAAAAGUGUUACAAAAUGGAGGAGUGCCUUGAAUCGGCUACCGAGAAUUCCUGAUAACCAGCAGAUAAUAAUGGACGUGCUUAAGAUAAGUUUUGAUGAUUUAGAUGACAGGACUAAGGAAAUCUUCUUGGACAUUGCAUGUUUCUUUGCAGGAAAGGACAUUAAUCAUGUGAAGGAAAUUUUGCAGCAUUGUGGUUUUUCAGUAGAUAUUGGAAUUGAAGUUUUGAUUGAGAAAUCAUUUAUGACCAUUUCAAAUGAGAGAAUUAGAAUGCAUGAUAUGUUGCUAGAAAUGGGAAAAGAAAUUGUUCAACAGGAAUCUCCUCUUGAGCCAGGAGAACGAAGUCGGUUGUGGCUUUUUGAUGAUAUAAAUCAUGUUAUGCAAGAAAACACAGCUUCAGAGAAGGUUGAAGCUAUAGUGUUGAACUUGGAAGAUUCAGAAGGGACUACUUUGAAGAUUGAAGCUUUAGCACAAAUGACUAACCUCAGAGUCCUCGUGCUUGAGAAUGUAAAUUUUGCUGGAACUCUCACCAGCCUUUCCAACAAGCUGAGAUAUGUUUCAUGGCAUCAAUACCCUUGUACGUGUUUGCCAUCAAAUUUCGAGUCUUUUUCACUUGUUGAAUUGAUCAUGCCUUACAGCAAUGUCACAGAAAUAUGGGAAGGCAAAAAGGUGUUUCCAAAUUUGAGAAAUAUGAACUUCCAUGGCUCCAAAGCUUUGAUUGGGACACCAGAUUUUGGAGGAGUUCCAAAUCUGGAGAGACUAGACCUUGAAGGAUGCAUUGGAUUGUUGCAACUUCAUCCAUCAAUUGCCAAACUUUCAAAGCUCAACUUCUUAAAUUUGAGAAACUGCAUUAAUCUUGCUCAGAUCCCCAAAGACAUGUUUAGUCUUCCCUCUCUGGAAGAUUUAAAUAUCAUUCGCUGUCCAAAAUUGAACAUUGUUUGAGAGCUCGGAAUAAUUGAAACAACCCAGCAAUGAAUAUUGUCUGUAUAUUUUCAUCUCUUUCUUUUGCAUCUGUCUCUUUCCUUUUCGUGUACUUCCACUAUGGUUUAUACUUCUUUGAUGUAUGAGAUCAAAGCCAUUUUUACAUUGAAUUACUACUAAUCUUCACAUUCA